AUGAACGCCCAGAUUCUGAAAUCCAACAAAUAUCUCAACCAGCUAAUCUCCUUCCCUGACAUUUCUUUCAUUCUGGAGAAUCUCAUCGUCCCGACGUCUGUCGUGUUUACCUGGAACCGCAUAUCGCUGUUGCUGAAAGGCAUGGCGUAUGAAUCGUUCGAUUGGCAGAAUGUUUCGGGAUGCGACGUGGACGGCGAGUUCUUCGUGCAGAAAGAAGACAUCAGCAAUCUGAUGCUAUCGACCACAACCGAUGGAGAGUUUUCGACUGCCAAUCUGAUCCAUGGCUAUUCGUUCAAUCCUCUUCCAGAGAACAGCUAUUUCUUGCUUUCUACGCUGAGUGAAGACUACGACAAUUACGAAGCAGAGAAGAAUCGAGAAGAAUCGAAGCUGGAUUUCUUGCUGAAUAGCCAUCAGAAUUUUGCUGCAGCAGAAAUCGGGAUUUCUCGAAAGAACCGACCGAUUCUUUCGCGAAUUCGACAGCCUUCGGUUGUUCAAGUGAAAGCGGAUGAUGCGAUAAUCGAAGUAGAAGAAGAAGUAAUAGAGGAAGAAGGCAAUGACUUAUCCCUCUAA